CAUUCCUAACCUCAAAAUACGUCUACCCGGCACCGUUUUGCUGCAACACGGGAAACGUUUUUUCCUCAGUAAACGAAAAUAUUGUAAUUGGAGGGAGAGUAGGAGGUUAAACCUUGUCUCCUAAGACCAUGGUUACUACGAUAUCUAUAAUUGUGGUUAUUACCACGGCUGUAGAUUAAAAUCGAGAAUGUGUUUGUUUUGGAAAUCCACUGUGUGCCUGACGUCUGUCGUCUUUGUAACGUCUACUCAUCAUCUACCGGUAUUUUUGUUAUUUGGAUCUCGUAACGUCUUAUUUACAUCAAGAUUAGGAUUUUAAAGUAAUUCAUCUGUGAAACCGGUAAGUGUUUUCGACCAUUCAUCAUAAUUUUAAUUUAACUAAUUUUAAUUUUUAUACUUAAGAUAUUAAAAGAAUAUUUAUACUAAACUCACUCUUAAAGUAAGAUGAAACUUUGGCUUUUAGGUACCAUGUUACACAUUUAAUAAAAUUAAAUAUAUUUGAUUAUUUACCCAGAUUACUACGUGAUUGUUAUCGUAUUUACUUGUCUUUGUUUUGUUUUUCUUAUUAAUUCUAUUAUUAAUGUGCCCAAAAAUGUUCAAAAUUCCAACAUUCCCAACUGACUGCUUACUGUUUAUUGAAUUUUACUUUACACCGUUUCAAAGAUGCUCAUUAAUUAUAAAUCCAUAUUGUUGUAUUAUUUACUAUUUGUUCAAUUUGUUGUAGGUAGAUAAGUACAUUAAAAAUAUGUUUAGCCAUGUAUUUAAAUUGUUAAUUUUUAAUGUCUAGAAUAAAUUGAAAUUAACCUAUAUAUCUGUUGAAAACCAAAGUUCUAUAAACUUUUUUAUAUUCCAGAGAUACAGACAUUUUUUCCUGAAAUAUCGAGUAUUGGUCUUGAUAAAAUCUGAUAUUCCAAUACUAAUAUUGGUUUGUGCCUAUACUCACCACUAAUUAUAAUACAUUAUAUAGGUAUGAUUUUAAUUAUUUUUAUUUUUUACUAAUUGGUAUAGGUAUAUUUUUUUAUUCAUUUGAUUUUUAUGUGUUAUACUGGUAGAGGUUAUCUAAGUUGUGAGUAAUUUAUUCCAAAGAUUUAAUAUAGCUAGCUAACUACUGUACUUUGUCCCACAAGAAAGCAUGCUGGAUCUGGCUAGUUGACUGACUGGGCCAUCGGUUCCCCUCUAUGCAUUCAAAUUUCAUCGUCGACAACAAUGGGUAUGCUCAGAGCUGACCAAUUUCUGUUAUCGCGCAGCAUGCUCUCUUGUGGUACAGAGUAUAGAAUCUAUUGUUUUUAUUUGUGUAUAAAAUUGUAAAUUGUAUCAUUUUAUUAAAUACACAAUACGGUUUAGUUAUUAUAUUAGGUUCCUACAUUAUUUUUAUUAUUAUUUUUUGUAUUAUUAGUUUAUAUUUUAGUCUUGUAAAAAAUAAAAAUGUUUAUUUAUUAUAUAAUAAUAAAAAAAAAUAGAAUAUAAAAAUUAUUAUGUUAUAUCAGGUUAGUGAAAUAUGGAUAAAACAACCAACUAAACUAUUUACUCGUUUCACACUCUUAGGAUGUUCAUAAUAAAUAAAUUAGUCCCAUCCUUAAAUUUAUUAAUUUUUGUAUUCUAACUGAUAUAUUGUAUUAUUUUGUUUUAGGAGCUAUGGAAAUUGAUAACCCAUACAUGGACACUAUUUAUAGACAAGUAGUUACUGAACAUUUUCAAUCAAACGAAUGGAGGGAAAUUUUGAUUAAUCCUGAAGGUGCUUCAACUACUCUCCGUGAUGAAAGCACAUUACCCCGAUCAGGUGGACACUGCUUCAAAGAUAUUCCUAAUCGUUUUAUAUUUUGGCGAGUUUUGUAUGAUAAACUAGAAUUAGUUGAACAUAGUUUAGAUACAAAUCUUACUGAGAACCAGGUUCGUAUACAUUUUCGUGAUUCCCCAGUAUUGGAUAGUGGAAUUUCUGUAUAUGAGACUUCAGAGUUUGUUGUAUUAUUAGUACCUACAGCAUGUAGUUGUCACCGUUUGACAUUUCCACGUCCAAGUUGUGUAAGAUAUAUGGAUAAUGAUAUUCAAAAUGAAAAUGUUUUUACAGACGCAUCAAUUUUUUCAAAUUUCAAUGUACCAUCAGUUGAUGACCCAGCAACAUUUUAUUCAUAUAAUGCUGAACUUAGUCAUCCAUAUACAGCUGCUUCUUGUUUAGAUCAAAAACAUGAUGCUAUUUUUAUAAUAGCAUUGCAAAACAACGUUAUGCUCUAUAUACGUAUGGAGUAUAUUUCUGGACUUCCCACUCUAAAAGAAAUUUGUCAAGAAUCUGCUGUACCUCGAAUGCUGUCAAAUAUAACUAAAGUGUUUACAGCUCAUAUAGAAAAUCCAGUUAUCAAUAGCCUGGCUGUACAUCCAUUUCAACAUGAUAUAUACAUAUAUUCUCUUGAUAAUGCUUGCGAAUUGAAAGUUUGGUCUAUUGAGAAAUCUGUUUAUAUUUAUAUAAUGGAUAUGAAAAAAACGUAUGUAGGUUCAGCAGACAAUGGUUCAAGACCACAUAUAAUUUACAAACGUGCAGAUGAUCAACUUUUACUUACUGUAUACCUUAGUUUAUCGGAAAGUUCAAAAUUUGUAGUCUUUGAGCCAUAUAGUGAUUACGGCAUGUUUAAACUACAACAAAAGUUUUAUGUAUGUUCACCCAUGAACAAUAGAUUAGUCGAUAUGGCAUUAUAUGGUAAUGAAAUUUGGUGUAUUUGGAGAACUGGAAAGGACAUUGCUUGUAUUAAGUCUGUGAAUAUCAAGAAUGGUGACUGGAAAAACUGCAACUUGGAUACUACUAAUUUUGAUCAACAUUCUCAAUAUUUAUCAAAUCCAAAACAAACAUAUUUGGAUAAAAUAUUUUCAUCAUUAACUUAUUUUACUGAAGAAGAUUUGAAAAACGCCAUUGCCGUUUAUGAUACAUCUGAUAAUUCUGAACGUGUAACUGAUUACCGUACAAAGAUAAGUAAUGCAAUCGAUAGAAAGGUUUCUCAGGAAAUGGAUAAAUAUGACUCAGCAGAUGUAGAGUCACAAAUGCAACUCAUUGAACAGUGCAGCGCCAGUUUUUAUAAAAGUUGUUUGGAUUAUCGCCGUAAGAGAUUAGCUCCUUUAGGAAUUAUUUGGCUGGGUCCACCAUCCUUUUUACUAGUUGUGGUAACAAAUUCAAGUUUUUGUUUUCUACGGCCUACAGAUUAUAUUGAAAACAAUAUAUUUUCUUUAAAAAAUCUCGAACCUAAUACUAAAUUCAAUGGUUUACUUAAUGUGUUGAUGCCAGAAUCAAAAAUCAAAUUCAAUAUGUUUUUGGACAUAAAUAUACCCCAAAAUAAGCUUUUAGAAUUGGUUAAAGAAUCUUAUUCAUUUGACAACAGUGAUCCAAAUAUAAUAUUAUUUUUAAAUAAUCCCAAUAUUAGUGAUCAAAUUCGUUCACUAGUUCCAAUGAUGUAUUGUAAUUUUGAGGAAGAUAAAAAUAUGCAAACUAACCAAUAUUCAAAAUGUUUCAGAAGUAAAUUGGGAGCCAGUGUUGUUUCUCAUAGUUUCCAUCAAAUGGUUGUUACUCGUUUUGAACUGUCUUGUAGAUUAUUUACUUUAAUGGAUAUGCAUUCUAAAUGUUAUGGGCAGACUAAAGAAUUUGUAAUAGAUGCAAAAAACCUAAUGUUUAGUUAUUGGAUCCAGGCAUUAUUUUCACAUGAUAUAAAAUUAUGUGAAAAAUUACUCAUGACUAAUACAUUUCUGUCUAGAGAACCAUUUAUGAACUAUAUCAGUAGCUUAUUAAAUUAUACAUGGACGUUUAAUGAUGGAUCUAGUCUUGUACAAUUUUUGUUGCAAGAAGGACGAUACAAUUUCAUACAACAGAUAGCCCAAUUAUUGGACUAUAAACAAUGGGAAGAAACUUUGGUAACUUCUUAUAUGUUAAAUAAUGAACCAGAUAAAGCACUUGAUGUAUUAAAAAAUGAUGUUAACAAAAGUUCAAAACAUUAUCUCAGAUCGAUCACUCUGUUUGAAAAGCACAAUUUCUAUGGCCAUGCAGUACAACUAGGAAAUCAUGUGUUGGAAAUAUUUGCACGUUCUGAAAAUCAAAAUAUGGUAUCAAUGUUUCAUUCUAAUAUUUUUCUUAACAAUUUAAAACUGAAAGCAUACCAAAAUGCAUAUAGCAAUAUUUUGAGUCUAAAUGAUCAAGAUCGGAAAUUGAAUUGUUUACACACAUUUGUAUUAACAUUAUUAGAAAAUGGCGAACAAGUGAAACUUCUAAAUUUUAAUUUUUCUGGUUUACAGAGUUCAGUGGAAGACAUAGUUCUAAAAAAAGCACGUUCUUUGUCAAAUGUGGAUGCAGCUCCCUUUUAUACAUUCUUAUGUGCAUUACACAACAAAUAUUGCAAAUACAAAAAGCUAGCCAUGACAUUUUAUGAACUUUAUUUACGUGCUGAAACAUGUAUUGCGCAAGAAGAGAAUUUAAGACUGUCUCUUUUAUAUUUAAAAACUCUAAAUCCCAAAGAUGCUUGGUUUGUUGCAACAAAAUUACCCUUUUUUUCAAAGACUGAUGGUGUUCAAAACGGAUUCAUACAAAUCAAAGAUCUGAAUAAACUGUGUUGGUUAGCCCGUGCUCGUCAAGCAGUAGAUGAUUCUUCAACCACCCUGGACGCACAGAGUGCAGUAUCAAUAUUAAUAAUGAAACAUCAAUAUAAAGAAGCCAUGUGUUUGUCUAAAAUGUGGAAUUUACCUCUUCACAUUCCAUUAAGAGAAUUAGUAAAAACAUGUUUGACUCUUACUAAUCCUGAAGAAUGUGAUAAAGCAUGGUUUUGGUUAGCUAAGAAUGAAGUUAGUGGUGAUGGAAUAAAUUGUGGGCAAAUUGCAUGGGAUUUUUUGGAGACUUUAGUAAACAGAUAUGAAGAAAAAGAAAAAACAUUAUUGCACUAUCAUGUGGCUGACGAACUAUUAAGACAUAAAGCUUUUCUUCCUAAUUGGCUUAUAAGAACAUAUAAAAAAAUUAAUGUUAGCGAAUUAUUACAAUUAUACUUAAGUUAUGGGGAACUGAUUAAUUGUUCAGAUUUAAUAUUUGGACUGAUUGAAGAAGAAAUGGCUGGUAUAAAUUCAUUUGGUAAAGUAAUACCAUCAGACCUUAUAGAAUGUGUAAUUGCAAAUUUAAAACAUCUUAAAUUACAGGUUGGAGAUGAUCUUUUAACUAGCUAUAAAUUGUUUUAUGAUAAUAUUGUCACAAGCUAGAAUUUUAGUUUUAGAGUUAUGAGUAAGUUGUAUUAACUAUGUUCAACCACAAAAUUAAUAUAUUCUGUAAAAGUGAACUAAUUUAAACAUUUUGUAUUUAUUCAUUAAUUGUAUAUACAUUGAGUC